CACACUACUUCUCACGAUCCUAGCUAGCCACCUCCCUCGAUUCACAAGUCACAGGGACAACGGCUGGUUAGCUUCUGAGAUUUCUCAAAACCACUCUACUACCAACUAGUGCUCUAGCCUCUUUCAAGCUAAGUUGUACCCAUGGAAGGCAUCAUCCCGUUCAUCUUCAAGGUCAUAGCGCAGUACAAAGAAGAAGGACAGGCUGCCUCCUUCGGUGGCAUGGCCUCCGACGGUUCUGUCGAAUCCUCCCCGCCGGUGUCGUCGUCGUACGUGCUCCUGCCUAGUGACUCCGACCGGCGCCACCGCGACGAGAGGAACGACGACGGCCGGCCGGUCUGCCCGACGUCGUCCGUGGACUCCGGGGCCGUCACCACCUGCACCGCGAGACCGUCUCCGCUCCGGUGCUCGUCGACGCUGCGCCGGCGAGCCUAGGAUGGUGAAUUUUGCAGGUUUGGCAACACCAACCGGUGCCUCGGAAGAUAAAACCAAGUGGUAUACUCUGGGAAAGGAGCUUUUUAUGCCUCGCUAGUCGCAAUGAGUCAGGAGUCUCAAAGGAGGCUUCGCAAGUUAAUCAUCAAGGGCUUUUGUAGAGUGAAAAAUAAACAGCAACCAAUAUAUAACCGGCAUGUGCGCAACAGCGGUCUGAUGCAUGUAAUAUACAUCAUGGUCGUAGGAACCGCGUUGUACUUCUAUAUGAUUAUCGAGUAGUCAUUAGGUGCAACCAUACAAGUAGCUCUUUUGGUCCGUUAGACCUAGAUUCAAUCGUAUGUGCAAUCGUGGUUUGUUAGAGACUUUUUUUUAUAAAACUAUAA